AUGGACGGCCGGCACGCGUACGCUCCGCUGGGAGACUUCGACUCGAGCAAAGAAUACAAAUCCGUGGUCGAUGAGGCAGGGGAUGACUCAACAUUAGAGGCAGAGGAUUCACUACUUCCCAUUAACACACGGCGCCAGGAUACCUGGAGAAGACUUUCAAGAGCUGCCUUAUGUCUGGUUCCAAGUUUCCUAGGACCAAAAGAACCCAAGGCAAAGCCACUUCGCUCUACGGCUUGGCUAGCGCUAUGCGUCGUAUUCGUUCACUGCGGUCUGGUGUGGUUCUCAUGGGACAUCCAGUUAGCAUGGACACCGAACCCACCUCGGCGAUGGUGGCUAUACCAACUACCCAUCCUACGGCUCGUCGUCUCAGGUCUUGCUCCCGUUUCCGUCUUCUUCGUCGUGUCCGGCUACACAAUAUCGCACCGCGUUCUGACGUUGGCUCGCCGGGGAGAGUUCGACAAGGCAGGCUCGGCAAUCGCGUCGUCCGUCUUCCGCCGCCAUACCCGACUCUUCCUCCCCGCCGCCGUGGUCAGCUUCGUUGUCGCUAUCAUGACUUGGCUCAACUUGUUUCCCGACCAGGGGCUUCCCGGCGUGGCGUAUCCGACGAGGGUUCCGCCGCACUUUGACUCUCUCUGGGGCCAGCUGCGGCAUUAUUUGAUGGCAGAGACCUUGGUUACCGAUCCCAUCGGCCAGCCUCAUGUGCGGGCCGAUUCCGACAUACCGGAACCGAUAUAUGAUCCCCACCAGUGGACGAUACCGCUCGAAUUCAUCAGCUCCAUGGUGGUGUUCAUGUUUCUGUCGGCCUUUACAAGAGUACGCAACAGAGUGAGGAUGUUCUUCGCGCUUGGCCUGGCGAUCUAUCUCGAAUGGCUGUUCGUCUACUUUGGGAUGUUCUUGUUCCUCAGCGGCAUGUUCUUGUGCGAUCUGCAUCUCGAACUCGAGGAAUGGCAAUGGCGGUGGUUGGCCCCGCAGCCCGAACCACAGCCCUUGGAUGGGACUGUACAUCGGACAUCAAAGCGAGGCAGCAUACUCUCUCGUCGCGUUCUUGGACGUGCCGUCGGGCUCGUAUUAUUCGUGAUCUCGCUCUGGCUGCUCAGCAUGCCCGAAGACAUGGAGCAGGCAGCACAGGCACCCGGCUACGUGACGCUCGUAUCUUUGGUUCCAGCACGAUACCAGGAGUGCCUCGUAAUACCAGUCGGUGCAGUGCUGACAGUGCUCGUCGUCGACCACGCCGAAUUCUUGCAGAUUCUCUUCACGAACCGUUUCUCUCAGUACAUGGGCAAGAUCUCUUUCUCGCUGUACAUGAUCCAUGGUCCACUUCUUUACUCCUUAGGCUUGGUCCUUGGUCGCUGGACUGUAGGUCUUGUCGAUGGCGGAGACAGCCAGACAUCCUAUGUAUUUGCUAUCUUGUUGGCAUUCCUCCUCUGGGCACCUGCGGCGAUUUAUGUUGCAGAUCUCACUACCACCUUUGUAGACGCGAAGUCGAUAGAGUUCUCCCGGUGGGCAUACGGAAUGCUUUUGAGGGAAGAGUGA